ACACCUACCCGUAGUAGGUGGAGGAAGAGGAGUGGUUCAGUCGCCUUGCAUGAAGUGUAGUCUACUGUAGAGGGCUUUUGUCACGGCAGUCGUACCAGAGGGCGGAGAAGAGGGGAUGGCAGAAAACAGCUCCGAUAUUAGCGGCGCCGUUUACCGGAGGUGUCUGCCUCAUUAUACCGUAGACAAGACGGCCAGUAUCGGGGCUUCGAAAUGGAUCCGCUUAAACGUUGGGGGAACGUAUUUCUUGACAACACGACAGACACUGUGCCGUGAUCCGAAAUCAUUUCUGUACCGACUGAGCCAGGCUGACCCCGAGCUCGACUCCGAUAAGGAUGAAACUGGUGCCUAUCUGAUAGACCGAGACCCUGCAUAUUUUGGCCCUGUGCUGAACUACCUGCGGCAUGGCAAGCUGGUGCUGAACAGAGAGCUGGCAGAGGAAGGUGUUUUAGAGGAAGCUGAAUUCUACAAUAUCACAUCUCUGAUAAAGCUCCUCAAGGACAAGAUCAGGGAACGUGACUGCAAGACAUCCCAGGCCCCGGUGAAGCAUGUGUACCGCGUGCUGCAGUGUCAGGAGGAGGAGCUCACACAGAUGGUGUCCACCAUGUCCGACGGGUGGAAGUUCGAGCAGCUUGUCAGUAUAGGUUACGGGCGGGCCCACCAGUCAGAGUUUCUGCUGAUUGUGUCAAGGGAGGUGAAGGGGGAGCUGCCUACCACUACCACUUCCACUACUACUACUACUUUGCCAAACAACAGCGGAGAGCUCGUCAGCAUCGGCUCCUCUUACAACUACGGGAACGAAGACCAGGCCGAGUUCCUGUGCGUGGUCUCCAAGGAGCUGCACAACCAAUCGUACGGCACCAACAGCGAGCCCAGCGAGAAAGCCAAGAACGAGGAGGACGAGGACGCCGAUUAUGAAAUGAAUGACUCUGAUUACUGAGUCAUCGUUGAGCACUCGUGACUCAGCGAUUCUUCAGGAGAGGGGCUCUCGGAUGUGAAGAACCAGUAUUAGAAGCUCCAGGGAUAAAGAUGCAAACAUAUCAUGGAAGAGGAGGAAUAAUUCUCCACAUGGAGAUGCUUAUUGAGGGGAUCCUACAUUUGUUUGUGUUUUCCUGUUUUUUCUUUUAAUUAUUAUUUCAAAAUGUAAAUAAGUCUGUUUAUCAACUAUUUGUGCCUGAUUUUUGCCCAACUGAAAAUGAUGAACUGUAAAUUGUUUCAUGCUACAAAAUAUGGCCAUAGCCAUGCAAGGCCAAUGAUUCACUCAGGGGCUUCAAUUGAGUUUUUUUCUUUAAUCUUCUAACUCAAGGGUCUUUUAAGGGAUCGUGAUGGUCUAUAUUUAUAAAGUCGACACUUCUAAUAUUGUACACAGUCAUCGAUUAAACAAGAAACAAGAAGGGAAUUUUGCAUGUAUUUAGCACACUGAGAAAUCAAGCUCAUAUAUGCAGGACCAUGCAGUAGUUUCUCCUGACCAUAGAAAAGUCUAGCACCUCCCAGAGUUUUCAGAGUUCUUAAAUAGAUGAGAUGGUCAGGACAAACCCAUAGCCCUACUAAGAGACAGUGUUGUUUUUGCUUUGACUGACAAAUAUGCUUCCUUAACAGGUUUACCCUCUGUAUUUUGGAGGGAAAUGUAUGUUUAAUAAAGCCUUUAUUAGGAGAGACAUUUUCGGGGCAAGUUUGAAUCUGCAUUUUUUUUUUUUUUUUAUAAUGGUGAAGGAAUAUCAGUUUAUAUCCUUGUUUUUGUACGUAUUCUAAAAGUACAUUAUUUAACUCUUAAACUGCACGUUUUGUACACUGUAUAGUUCACAACUUCUCUUAUGGAAGUUGGACUGGAUCUUACAAAGCUAGAAAAUGUUGAUGAUGUUGGCUAGUUUUGCAUUGUUUGUAUAGUAACUGACUGAGAUUAGUCAAGAUAAGUCAAAUAGUUCUGCUAAAUAUCUAUCUCUUGAGAAGAUGCCUGGAAUUUUUUUUUGAUAUCCAAUGACAAAAAUAUACCUUGGCUAAAAAAGUUGACUGUUAUCUUUUUUUUCUUGUAGGCUGAUACAUUGUUUUGAAGCAUAUUGAAUUGUGUGAUUUAAUACACUGCAUUCCAAGCACAACAGUGAGGAUAACACUGGGCACAAUUUGUUUUUAAGCCUUCAGUAAUUUUUUGUGUGUGUAAACACUGCAUUUCAGGACACAUUUCUUUGUGGAGAAUAGUUUCAUGACUGAGGUUUAUCGAUUCAUUGAAAUUGUAUUUACAAAUAAUUAUUGAUAGUGUUGCCUUUUCCUAAUGAUCAAAUGCAACAUCGUAUGUGUAGCUUACACAUCAAACUGUGUCAGGGAUAUGUACACUGUUCGGGUGGCCGGCACACUGGACAUUACACAGAUGUGGACACGAGCCUCCUUUGUCACACAAGUACAGACACCCCUCUGUGCUUACACACACCCUUUUUAUAUCACAUUGAGUGAAACUAACAGAUAAGCGCAUGUUUUUGAUAAACACACACAAGGGCUUUUUAAAUGCAAACUAUAUGAUCAACCUAGAGAUUCAAUAAACUUAUAGUGGGUGUUAAGUUUUUUUUUUUUUUUUUUUUCGGAGCUAAGCUAUGUUUACAUUUGCUACAGUAUUCUGAAGCUUUCCAGUUAUGCUGCAUCUUGCACUCCCUACCUUGGUAUAUAGGCAAUUAGUUGUGACUGACAUGUUUGACUUCGGCAACGGCACUCCCCAUUCCAGAUAACUUUAAGCGCAUGUAAAUUGAUUGUUAAUGUUGAUGUUUUUUGAAAAUUUGUAUACUUUUUCAAGAUGUUUGCUACCAACUCAACAGUUUUUAGCUAAAGACAAUCAUACUGUCCUUACUGUGAUGGCUUUGUUGCUCAUUGAAAUGUCAACUGGCGCUGAAGAGGGAAAUCUCAAAUAUCUUAUGUCUCAUCCCAAGUACUGUAUGUUGCAGUGAGAUUUAUUUCUUAUCGGUUUAGUUUUUUUAGUUUGUUCUCAGAUCCCACAAGUGGCACAGAGCAGCUGCACUAUCUUUACUCUGGACUGUUUACCACUUUUGGCAAUUGAUUAAAAAAAAACAAUAGAUAGAAAAAGAGUUGUGGUUCAUGCAUUCAGUCUGUAAUAUCUGCAGGUGCCCAGUCUAUGUUUGAUGAGUUGGCUGAUGUCCGCUCAUUGCAAACCACUGUUUUAUGCAUGAUUGAAGAUGAUCACACUUAAUAAAAAUCUAAAGUAAAUUGUUUCUUGCUCAGCCAGAGGAAUAACAACUACGACUUAUGUUGUUAUAUCACAACGUCAUGUCAACUUUAACUUCUGGUAUAUUAUGCAAUGUUUAAAAUGUACAAAUUCCGUGUGACUGGGAUAGAUGGUCUUGCUUAGGGUUCACCCAAUAAAAAGCUUUUCUCUUUCA